UGCUUCUGCCAAACCCCCCUGUGACUUUUGAGAGACAAAGAGAGAGAGAUCAUCCAUGGGAACGCCCUACUUUCUCCAGGUCUACCUUCAUCAAAACUCGUUUCCUUCCUCUUCACCUCCCCUUCCCGGAUUCUCCUUCUUCCGAUCUUCCAAACCGAUCGUCGCUUUCGUGUCCUCGCCGCUACUCUAACCUUUCUGAUUUCAACACUUUUUUUUUUGUUUAUCUUCUAAAUCAUUUCUUCUACGCGAAUUUCUGAGAGAUGCCCAUUUCGUCAUCGCCAUGCUUCAGCUGAUCCCCGCAGUCAAAAUCGCAUCUUGGUGUUUAGCGGCGCUCUCCAGCUUAUAUAACUGCUUCCUCGUCUCCUCCGAUCGCUCCGCAGAUCUUCCUCUCACUGGGUUCCUCGCCGCUUUCUCUAAUCCCAACUUCUUCUUCGUCAGGAUUAUUUGAUUUCACCCCAAAGCUGGAAACUUUACAUCAAAUACUUCCAAAUUUUUAAAGAGUCUGCUUUUAGGGUUUAGGUUUAAUUGGCUUUAUCAGUUUCAACGGUCAUCGGUAUAUAUACGAAGAUUGUCUCUUUUAUCUGACACGUAAAAGAAGGUGUUGGGAGUGAUUGAGAAUAUGUUUGAGAACGAUCGUCAUUUUGUGGAGUGGAAGGAGCAUUUUGUCUCACAGGAGAGAGGGAACCGUGUAGUUCAUUACUUCCUCAAGGACUCAAUGGGUGAAUCCAUCCUAGCUGUGGUUGGAACUGAGAGAAGUGUUCGGCACAUGUUCUACGUUGUCUCUGAGGAUUUUGUGCGUGUUUAUGGCUCCGAGAAUUCGAUCCAUUCUGGUUUCAAAUGGAGGUCGAGGAGAGAAGUAGUCGACUGGCUCACUUCGAUGUUGUCUAAACAAAAUACACAAGGGAACUGGUCGAAGUCACCAAAAUGUGAUUCGGGGGAAUCUAAUGGAUCUCCUGAGUUUCCAGGCAGUGGAUUUGCUGUUCAGCGAGCUCAAGCAACUGAAGAGGUCAGGUUUCCCAUAAACUUGAGGGUUCACAAUUGGGAGAUUAUGUGGUCAGGAACUUCCUGGAUGUGUGGUAAACAACUCAAACAUUACCCAUCAUUCUGUAGAAAUGGGAUAACUAUAGGGGUUCAGUCUUUUGUCUUUGUGAUGAGCAAAGCGGACGACCUGUACGUUGCGUAUCUGGAGGAUAUGUAUGAGGACAAGCGUGGCCUAAAAAAGGUCAGAGUGAGGUGGUUUCACCACACAAAAGAAGUCAAGGGUGCAGUUGCUCUCAAAAACCCACACCCAAAGGAGGUUUUCAUCACCCCUCACUCUCAGGUCAUCAGUGCAGAAUGUGUCGACGGUCCUGCCACUGUUUUGACCCGUGAGCAUUACGAGGAGUGUGUAGCUUCUUUUCCUAAUUCUCUACUGGCAAGGGUUCACAUGUGCUAUCGGCAACUCAAGAAGAACAAAAUCAAACCUUUUGACUUGAGUAAAUUGCGUGGGUAUUUGGACCAACCGAUAAUGUCUUGCUUGAGUUCCGUGGAAGCUGGUGGUCCUGUAGUCUGUGGGAUGAAUAGAGAGGAAGAUGAACAGUGGAGUGAGGGUGAUAAUGUGAUGAUGGUUGGCGCUGAGAGGAGCAAGAAGAAACAAGCGAGAAUGAUGUCUGACCAUCUGUUAACAGCAUAUGAAUCUUCAUGUAAAAGACUCAAACUUGAGGCCUCAGGGAAAAGCUUUCCUUGUUGUAAUGGAGUGAUUAAGCCUGAUGCAAAAAUAGAGUUUCUUUGUCAAGAUAGUGGUAUUAGAGGCUGCUGGUUUAGGUGCACUGUCCUCCAAGUAUCAAGAAAACAGGUGAAACUCCAGUAUGAUGAUAUAGAGGACGAGGAUGGAUACGGAAACCUUGAGGAAUGGGUGCCGGCUUUGAAACCUGCUAUGUCUGAUAAGCUUGGUAUGAGGUCAUCCAACCGCCCAACAAUCCGGCCUGCUCCUCCUGAUGCUAAAAUAGCAGACUUUGACCUUACAAUUGGUGAAGCUGUGGAUGCAUGGUGGAACGAUGGUUGGUGGGAAGGUGUUGUACUCGCCACUGACAAACCAAAAGCUGAGGACUUGCAAAUAUAUAUCCCUGGGGAGAAGUUAUGCUUAACAGUUCACAGGAAGGAUGUUCGGAUUUCCAGAGACUGGGUGGGAGACAGAUGGGUUGAUAUCAAUCCUAAACCCGAAAUACUCUCUCUUGUAGCUUCUGAUAUUAGUCCUGAAGCCAAGCUUUCCAUGUCUUCCACCACUGCAAAAGAUGCCAAGGCAAAGCCCAUUACAAUGCCAGAGUUGGCAGAAGACAGAGGAGAUUCUCUUUUAGGAGAACAGAACGAAGAGCAUAAAGAUGAUGGGGUUGUCAAGGAGAAUGACGAAAGCAGACUUUCGAAAGAAGAGGAUAAAGUGGUUGGAAGUAACCAAACUACUACCUAUGUCAACCAUGAAAAAACCGUGCAGGAACACAAGGAAGAUGAUGUUAACCUUAAUGAUGAGAAGACACGCAAAUCAGAAUCAGACUUCACCCUAUCAGAAACUAUUACCACGCUGGUGACAACGUAAAUGAUGGUAAUUUUGGUACGUGCCACAUCUCUGGAAACUUUUAUGUAUGUAUAUAUAUCGACAUAGUUUGCAGACAGAAAAAAAAGAAGUGAUUCUUGGUUUGACUUGGUGGAUGCUGAGGAGAGAAGAGUAGGUAAAGGUUGUAUAGAAAAUGGAAGAGGCAUGAUUUGGUAGGAUUAUUUAGGACUUGUUUUUUUUUAGGUUUAAGCAAAUGUUGUUAGGUGAAAAAAAACACACUUCUGCCCUUGAUAUGUAAUUUGUCUUUUUCAUUAGAGUUAUGUAUUUACUGGUCCAAGGGUCUUCUUUACAUCCGAUAAAGCUUGAAUGUAUCAAUCGACUUUCAUGGGAGUAAAUAAACUAUUUGAAAAAACCAGU